UGCUAAACACGUCCGCCGUGGUGGAAAGGGAAGUUGAGUAGGAUGUCGGGGUGGACGCGUUCCGUGAUGUUAAACGUGUUUAUUUGCAGUUAAAGGAGGUCUGAAUGGACACCAGUUCCCCGUGUAUGUGAUCUGAAGGCAAAACUGACAUUUUAUUAGUAGAGAUCUGGAUAAAAACCAAACGGACGACUCGGAGGCUCAACCGACACAGGAGCUUCAUCAUCCGAGUUGGAUUUUUAAAGACGCUGUCGCUGCUGGUGCACGCUAGGAAAUGUCUAUUUUUAUAAACACUAGAAUUGCUAGAAAUAUAACAAACAAAACAAAACAAACCAACCCAAGGCUGAUCUUUGACGUGGUGUGUUUCAGUGGACAUAUCCUGCUGUUUUGGUGUUGUGAACAUCAGGAGACUGUGUAGCUUAGUGGCUACACAACUAGCUAGCAUGAUAAAUAGUUAAAAUAGUGCAAAUCAAAUACGCGAUUUUAUGUAAACAAAUAAAACUAGUUCUUGAUGAAUGAUUCGUAGACUAUUAUAGCAUCAUUGUUAAAUGUAUUCUGCUUGCUUUAGUAGGAUGUUCAUCCGUGGCAUCCUUAGUGAUGUUAGGUAGACUGGCUUAACUAAAAGAAAUAAAUAUGGGUUAUAUCACAAUAUAACAGUUUCAUUGAGCUUGGUAGGAGAAAAUGGAGGGUGGGAAGAAACAUUAAGUAACUUAUUUUACAUAAACAUACACACACACUUUCCCUUUGAGAGGCCGCUGUCUUUCCGGAAAGCCUUGACAUUUCUUUAAGGAGUUGAACAUAUCCAGCUGCAGCUCAGAAACAUGGCGAACACCGGAAUCAGCGCGAUGUUUAUGUCCAGACCUGAAGAAGGAAAUCCAGCCGGACACCUGAUGUCCAGACCUGGGGAAGGAGCCGCGCCAGGGCCGCUGCUGCCCUCCAACUCCUCUCCUCCGAACACGGACAUGAAAGGAUGCGCUAACGGUGACCUGAUGGACAGCUUCGGGAUCUUCCUGCAGGGCCUGCUCGGAGUGGUCGCCUUCAGCACCCUCAUGUUGAAGCGCUUCAGAGAACCCAAGCACGAAAGAAGGCCAUGGAGAAUCUGGUUUCUUGACACUUCCAAACAGGCCAUUGGGAUGCUCUUCAUUCACUUUGCCAAUGUGUACCUGUCAGACCUCACCGAGGAGGACCCGUGUUCACUAUACCUCAUAAACUUUCUGUUGGACGCAACACUGGGCAUGUUGGUGAUUUAUGGUGGCGUAAAGGCCGUCAGUGCCGUGGUCGAGUGGAGGCAGUGGGACUCGCUGCGCUUCGGAGAGUAUGGAGAGCCAGUACAGUGCACUGCCUGGGCAGGCCAGUGUGCACUCUACAUCCUAAUUAUGAUGUUUGAGAAGGUGAUCAUCAUCCUGGUGCUUCUAAUCCCUCAGUGGAAGAAGCUGGCUAUGCUAAACCCCAUCACAAACCCCCAGCUGGAGUUGGCUCUCGUCAUGCUCAUCGUGCCGUUCUUUGUUAAUGCACUGAUGUUCUGGGUGGUGGAUAACUUCCUGAUGAAAAAAAGCAGGACAAAAGCCAAGCUGGAGGAGAGGGAGGUCGGGGAUGAUUCACGAGGCAGCAGCAAGGUGCGCUACAGGCGAGCGCUCUCUCACGACGACUCGGAAUCGGAGAUCCUCUUCUCGGCGGAUGACGAAAUGGAAGAUUCAGACGGCGACGAGGAUGUGCGCAGACUCACGGGUCUCAAAACCGUCAAGAAAAAGAAACACCGCCUGGGCAUUCCUGUUUGACGUCAGAUCAGACUUUCUCAUUCCUGUCACAGACUCACCCUGCUGCCUUCCGCUCGUCUGACCGAGAGAUCAGCAUGUGUCCAGCCUUCCAUCUGUGCAUGGAGCUGCAGGUAGGAGGAACAACACACUCCUGAACAAAGCCCUAGGUACUGAUUACAGAGCUGUGAAGCUGUAGGAGCGUCUUGAUCACCCAUCCACCCCACCCAUCUGCCCCAGAAAAGAAAACAGAAAACAACAACAGGAGAGGAAUGUGAUUCUUUCCUGCUGGCUUCAACAGCCAGAGAGAGAUCUUUACAAACUUUUUUUUUUUUAAUAAUACGUCAACCAUGUUACUAAGGAAAGUGUGUACUGCUGAUCAGUGCUGCUUCUUUAUACAUAUAGACUGGAUUUACUGUGUGGCUGGAAAGCCAGGAUGGACUUUGUACAAAGGACAAAAGCAGUAAAAUCUAAUUCGCCCCAGCCUUCAAGCACACCUCUACCUUUAGCAUCUUAACACAUCGUCUCUUCAACUGUACGUAGAACUAAUAGAAAUAACAAGCGUGCCAGUUUAAUCAUAUUCAUGUUGAUCUUGUGUGGUGCGAAGACCUCAGGAACAAGCGGUUUGGCGGGCAGUAUAAAGCGAUACAAACGUGUUUACCUAUACAUUAUGUAUUCAUUGGGUUUCAUAUAAAAUGAAGCAUCCUUGCAUAACUGUGAAAAAAAAAGUGUGUGUAUUUUGGGUCACGCUCAUGUGUCCCUUAAUUUCUCGUUCUGCAGUGUUUUUGUUUUGUGUUUUGCAGCUUCCUUCAUCCGGGUGGGGGAUUUCGACUGCUUCAUCAGUCACCUUUUGCACAAUUUGUUUAAUCACUGUGGUGUCACUGGUUCUUUGUUACUAUUUUUUUAUAUAUAUAAAACAUCUGGGAUAUGAUGCAUCUGUAAUGGUAUGUUUUUGGUGAAAGGUAAGGGAACUCUCCUACAUUACGACUUCUCUGUAGCAAAGUUCAAAUCUCGGCAUCCUGUAAAACCCGUAGCAUUGAGAGAGUAUAAACUGACAUUUCGUGGAUGUUCGUGUUCCUGGUGUCGGCGUGAAUCUCGAAGUUCUCGUGCGCGUGCUCGACCUGCUGAUUUUGGAGUACUGUGAUGAUUUGGCGGUAACACUGACGUUUAGAUAAACCCUGACCACGGACACUUCGGUGCUGUUCGGACACCAAAAUCUUAAAUAUUAACUACUACACGAUUGGGAUUACUCACGAGUUACAUUCUCAUUUUUUGUUUUUUUUGUUUUUUCAAACAAUGUAAAAUUUCUUUUACUGCUUAUUAAAAAAAAGAAGAUAUUCAAA